AUUUAUAGAUCCGUCGGGUCUUGGUUGUUUGCAAAGCCAAAGAGCACUGCAAUGCAAAUUUAUCAAGAGAAUAAUCGGACGGCAUAGCGAAAAUAGCGCAGCAGAAUCGCAGAAAACCUCAGAAGCUUCUUUCAACUAUACUGCAGCUUUCUGAACUUCUCCCGGCUCAGUAGUGCUGGAGCCUCAGACGUAUUUCAUCCUCUUCCUCAUUGAUUGUGACUCUGAACUUCUCUCUCCCUCUGCUGAGGGAGCACCUACCGUCUGCACUUCUGCUGUCCAGUACACCAAAGCAGACUUUUGGAAUGGCUGCUAAACCUCAUCCACCUCUGAUGAAGAAGCACAGUCAGACCGAUCUGGUGAGUCGUCUCAAGACACGCAAGAUCCUGGGCGUCGGUGGAGAGGAUGAUGAUGGAGAAGUGCAUAGGUCGAAGAUCAGUCAGAUGCUGGGGAAUGAGAUCAAGUUUGCAGUUCGAGAGCCUAUGGGACUGAGGUUAUGGAUCCUCUUCUCCGCUGUGGUUUUCACAGUCAUGGCCCUUAUGGCCCUAGCCUUCCCUAACCAGCUGUAUGAAGUUGUAUUUGAUCAAGAACAAACAGCCACCAGUGUCUCUAUACGUCUCUAUGGAGGGGCCAUUCUCAGUCUCUCUCUGAUCUUGUGGAAUGGCUUGUACACUGCUGAGAAGAUUAUCAUCCAAUGGACGUUACUUUGCGAGGCCUGCUACUUUGCCAUCCAGUUUUUAGUGACCUCCGUCACCCUGGUGGAGCUGGGCUCCCUACCAAAUGCUGCCAUCCUCCUCCUCCUCAGUCGCGUAUUCUUCCUCACUGUCACGCUGACCUACUACUACCAUCUGGGACGCCGGCCCAAGAAGAUCUGAGAGCCUCCCAAGCACUGUUACGACACACCUGGUGCUUGGGGAGUUGAGUGAGGGGCCACUGGGCUGGAGUUUCCAUCAGAAGCUUUGAACAGUGACACGACCAACAACAUCAACCUGUUCACCUGGCGUUGAGCCCUACCACAAGGACAACGCCAACCCCAAGGCCUUUAUUUUGAUUUCAGCUUACACACAGGAGUUUGCCUUUACUGAGCAACUCCAUCUCUUUUUGUUUUUUCUUUUUUUAAUGGGAAACACUCACAAUAUGGUCAAAUGAAUUCCAUUUUUCUUUCGGAUAGUGCAGUCACAGUGUAGCCCUCCUCAUUCACCGUUUAUCGUGUAAAGUAUUGCACACCGUAGCCGAGCUUGGACUGCUGGCGUAAUUGUCUGUAGCUAUGGUAUCAACAAAACUGUAAAUCAUUUCAUGUAAUAAUGCCAAUGACUUUGAGCUCCUAGUCAUGUGACGUGCGUGAGGGUGGCUAGAAAACACUAGAAUGUGUGUGUUUUACGUGCAGGUCAUUCAGUGUUUGAGCAGU